AUGUGGGUAAAACUGCCCGUGCAUGGUAAGGGCGGUUUCUAGGGACAGAGUCCAAAGCUUUCUUUAGAUCUUCAAGGAGAUGCAUGAUCCCUAAAGGACUUACUCACUGGAUCAGGUUCUGGUGGAUUGACAUGCUCUUUUUUUCCAUUUCAAAGGCAGAUCGGGCGGUGCCGAGAAAAAUUUCCUUACUAGAUGACAUUUCAUCGCAAUGUCCGAUCGUUUGGGGCAAAUAACCAAGGGCAAGGAUGGGAAAAGCAAGUAUUCGACUCUCAGCCUGUUUGAUAAGUAUAAAGGAAAAUCAGUAGACGCAAUUCGAUCCUCAGUUAUUCCUAGACAUGGCUUACAGAGUCUCGGAAAAGUUGCCACAGCCCGGCGUAUGCCACCGCCUGCAAACCUGCCAAGCUUAAAGUCUGAAAACAAAGGAAACGACCCAAACAUUGUUAUAGUACCCAAGGACGGAACGGGAUGGGCAAACAAGCAGGAUCAGCAAGACCCAAAGAGUUCCAGUGCAACGGCCUCUCAGCCGCCGGAGUCGCUGCCGCAGCCGGGUUUGCAGAAAUCUGUCUCCAAUUUACAGAAACCGACACAGUCAAUCAGUCAGGAGAACACAAAUUCAGUGCCAGGUGGACCAAAGUCAUGGGCACAGCUGAAUGGAAAGCCAGUAGGACACGAAGGUGGUUUAAGGGGCUCAAGCCGACUAUUAUCCUUCUCUCCCGAGGAAUUUCCGACGCUGAAAGCAGCUGGAGGGCAGGACAAGGCUGGCAAAGAAAAGGGCGUCUUAGAUCUGUCGUAUGGGCCAGGACCAAGCCUCCGCCCUCAGAAUGUGACAAGCUGGAGGGAGGGCGGUGGGCGAAACAUAAUUUCUGCCACGUCUCUGAGCGCCUCCCCAACUGAGCUGGGCAGCAGGAACUCGAGUACGGGAGACGGAGCCCCCUCCUCGGCAUGCACCAGCGAUUCUAAGGACCCCUCUCUCCGCCCGGCUCAGCCUGUUCGCAAAGGGGCUUCACAGUUCAUGGGAAAUGCAUACCACCCACCUACAUACCAUGACAUGCUUCCUGCUUUUAUGUGUUCGCCACAGUCGUCAGAGAACCAGGGUACGGUGGAACGAGGAUCUUUCCCCCUUCCCCAGCUCCGCCUGGAGCCCCGCGUUCCUUUUAGACAGUUCCAGAUGAAUGACCAAGACGGAAAAGAAAACAGGCUGGGAAUGACUCGCCCGCCCCGCCCACUAAGGCAGCUGGUGGAGCGGGCUCCCCGACCCACCAUCAUCAAUGCGGAAAACCUCAAGGGCCUCGAUGAUCUGGACACCGACGCCGACGAUGGCUGGGCAGGCCUCCAUGAGGAAGUGGACUACUCUGAGAAGCUGAAGUUCAGUGAUGAUGAGGAGGAGGAAGACGCCGUGACGGACGGCAGGCCUCAGUGGAACAGCUGGGACCCAAGAAGGCAGCGGCAGUUGUCAAUGAGCUCUGUAGACAGUGCUGAUACCAAGAGGACCCAAGAGGAAGGAAAGGACUGGGGUGAAACAGGGGGCAUGACCCGGGUUAUCCGGAAGGUGCCGGAACCUCAGCCACCAUCCAGGAAGCUUCACAGCUGGGCGUCAGGCCCUGACUACCAGAAGUCCUCAAUGGGCAACGUGUUCCGGCAACAGUCUGUCGAAGACAAAGAGGACAAGCCACCCCCACGGCAGAAGUUCAUCCAGUCAGAGAUGUCCGAGGCCGUGGAACGUGCCCGGAAACGCCGGGAGGAGGAGGAGCGCCGAGCCCGGGAGGAGAGGUUGGCUGCCUGUGCUGCCAAACUCAAACAGCUGGACCAGAAGUGUAAGCAGGCUCAGAAGGCAAGCGAGGCCCAGAAGCAGGUGGAGAAGGAAGUGCCCCGGUCUCCGGGCACCGAGAAGGUGCCCCCACAGGAGAAUGGCCCUGUUGUCCGCAAAGGCUCCCCUGAGUUCUCUGCCCAGGAAUCCCCCAACACACUUUCAGAAGAGGCCCCCACAGUUCCUGCGGCUGUGGCUCAGAAUGGCAGCAGUGAGGAGGGGGCCAGGGAGGCUGGGUCCCCUGCACAGGAGUUCAGCAAGUACCAGAAGUCACUUCCUCCCAGAUUCCAGCGGCAGCAGCAGCAGCAGCAACAGGAGCAGCUGUACAAGAUGCAGCACUGGCCGCAGGUGUACCCUCCACCCUCCCACCCGCAGCGCCCCUUCUACGCACACCAUCCUCAGAUGCUGGGCUUCGAUCCCAGGUGGAUGAUGAUGCCUUCCUACAUGGACCCACGGAUCACACCCGCUCGGACCCCAGUGGAUUUCUACCCCUCGGCCCUGCACCCCUCAGGACUGAUGAAGCCCAUGGUGGCCCAGGACUCUGUCAAUGGGACUGGCUGUCGAUCUGAGGAUCAGAGCCGUGUCCCCCCACUGCAAGAAAGAAAAGUGACCGCCAUAGAUCCAGCCCCUGUGUGGAGUCCCGAGGGCUACAUGGCAUUGCAGAGCAAGAGCUACUCGCUCCCUCACCCAAAAUCCAGCGACACCUUGGCCAUGGACAUGCACGUCAGGAGUGAAAGCUCUUACUCUGCCUCACCCGGAAGGUCAGGGGGCGUAAGUGCCCAGCGCGAUCUCCUUGAGGAGAGAGUGGAGGAGUACUUGAGUGCUUUUGACAAGAAGGCCCAAGCAGACUUUGACAGCUGUGUCUCUUCUCAAAGAAUAGGCCAGGAGCUUUUGUUUCCACCCCAAGAAAAUGUACAGGAAGCAGGUGCUCCUGGGGGUCACACCCCAAACCUCAGGUGUUCCCCACUGGAGCCCGACUUUGCCCCAGCUGAGAAAAAGCCAGAGUAUAGCAAUUGGGACGUUAGCCACCAGCCCAAGGCCGCUGACACAGCCAACAGUGUGGAGGAGGAGGCGCCCCGGGAGGAGCCGCCCUUUCACGUCUCCUCCUGGGAGAAGGAAGGGAGCCCCCACAAACAGCCGUCCCUGGAGCCUGAGUGGACCCCUGAGUCCCGGGGCUCCAGCAGCCAGCACCAGGAGCAGACCAGCAGGACCCGGAGGUCGGGGCCCAUCAAGAAACCCGUGCUGAAGGCCCUCAAGGUGGAAGACAAGGAGAAGGAACUGGAGAGGAGCAAGCAGGAGCCUGGGGAGGAGAGCGCCCGCCUGGCCAAGGAGGCGGCGCAGAGCCACCCAGCGGAAAAGGACCCGGACGCGGAGAACGACCCCACGCUGGCCAACACUGCCCCCUCCGCCUCGGAGGCCCAGGGCACGGCCCGUGCUCGGCCUGGCUGCUCAGCCAGCAAGCCUGAAGAGGACGAGACGCCUGAUAGGACCUGGGAGCCCAGACCCUCCCGGGAGCCCAGCGACACGCCCCUGACGAAGAGGAACAACUGGAUCUUCAUCGAUGAGGAGCAAGCCUUUGGGGGCCGAGGGCAGGCCCGGAGCCGCGGCCGCGGGUUCCGAGAGUUCGCUUUCCGUGGCCGGCCCGCUGGCGGCAGCAGCCCUGGCAUCUGCGGUGGGGGGAUCCUUGGGGCCCGGGGCAUCUACACCAAUAGCCAGAGAAGCAGCCGGGGCCGGGGACUACGUGAGUUUGGUCAGCCCGAGGACUUCUCCAGAGCCAAGCCCCGGCGCCGCAUUGCCAGCGAGACCCACAGCGAGGGCUCCGAAUACGAAGAGCUUCCCAAGCGGCGGCGGCAGAGAGGCUCGGACAGCGGCCAUGAAGGCUCACUCCUGGACAGGGAGGAGGGCGUCUCGAAGAAAGGUGACUUCAAAGACUCUUGGCGGUCCAACAAGAUGUACUCCGAUGACCACAGCAGUCUGGAGGCGAAGAACAGAGGCCCUCGGGCCUUUGGACGAGCCCUCCCUCCCCGGCUGAGCAAUUGUGGCUACGGGCGGAGAACCUUCAUGUCCAGAGAGGUGGCCCACUGGCAGAGCAAGAGUCCUGGCACCUGCUGGCAGGACCAUGGCUCCCCUGACACCUGUGGCUCCCGGCGACCCACAGACAGAGACUACAUCCCAGAGGCCUACAGACACUCUGACUCAUUUGGUGCCAGGGCCUUCGAGGACAGCCGCCUGGAGGACAAGAGGGCCUUCUUCCAAGAUGACCACGUGGCAGAUUCUGAGAACGCAGAGAACCGGCCCUUCCGGAGGAGGCGCCCCCCGCGCCAGGACAAACCCCCUCGCUUUAGGCGCCUCCGGCAGGAGCGCGAAUCCUUAGGCCUGUGGGGGCCUGAGGAGGAGCCCCACCUGCUGCCAGGUCAGUGGCCGGCUAGGUCCAAACUGUGUACUGGGGACAAGAGUGGCACCGUGGGCCGCAGGUCCCCUGAGCUUUCCUACCAGAACUCCUCUGACCAUGCCAAUGAAGAGUGGGAGACUGCCUCUGAGAGCAGCGACUUCAGCGAGAGGCGUGAGCGGCGAGACGGCCCCGGGGCCGAGCCCGGCUCCCAAGUGGAUAGCAGCCUGCCUGGGGCCAACUUGGGGGAGAAGAAGGAGUUGGCCAAGAGGAGCUUCUCCGGUCAGAGACCCCUGGUGGACAGACAGAGCCGGAAGUUGGAGCCGGGAGGGUUUGGGGAGAAGGCUGUUAGGCCAGGUCACGGUGGUGACACUCCUCCCCGUUAUGAGAGCCAACAGAGUGGGACGCCUUUGAAAGCCAAAAGGACCCCGGACGAGGCCUUGCCAGGAGGUCUGGGCUGCAGCAGUGGGAGUGGCCACUAUACCCUGGAACGGGCAGCCCAUGCCACCUCUGACAUCCCUGAAGCCUCCUGUGAGAAGGCAGAGGAAACCACGCUGGCUGCUCAGAGGGCAGGCGAACAGGGAGAGGCCAUGAAGCAGUUUGACCUAAACUAUGGAAAUUCCAUCAUCGAGAAUUGUGGGUCCAGCCCAGGGGAGGAGACUGAGGUGGGCUCCAUGGUAGGUGAAGGCUUCAUCGAAGUCCUGACCAAGAAGCAGCGACGCCUACUGGAGGAAGAGAGAAGGAGGAAGGAGCAGGCUGUGCAGGUGCCUGUCAAAGGCCGAGGCCUUUCCUCCCGUAUUCCUCCUCGGUUUGCGAAAAGGCAGAACAACCUGUGCCUGGAGCAGGGCGAUGUGCCUGUGCCAAGCAGUAGCUUGGGCACUGAGAUCUGGGAGAGCAGCGGCCAGGCCCUGCCUGUUCAGGCCUCAACCAGUGACUCCUGGACUAAAGCUGCCACUGCCUUCAACAGCACCGAGUCCGGCUCUGCCGAGCCGGGCUUUAAGAGCAGCCAGGGAGAUAGUGGUGUCGACUUGAGCGCUGAGUCUCGAGAGUCCUCUGCGACCUCUUCGCAGCGGAGCUCACCGUAUGGCACAAUGAAACCAGAGGAGAUGAACGGGACCGGCCUCGAGCCCAAGGCUGACAGCCACAAGGAGCAGGCUCAGAAGCAACCUGAGCAAAAGGAUUCAGAACAAGGCUCAGGACAGAGCAAGGAGCACAGACCGGGACCCAUCGGCAAUGAGCGUUCUCUGAAGAACAGAAAGGGCUCGGAGGGCGCCGAGCGGCUGCCAGGGGCUGUCGUCCCACCUGUUAACGGAGUGGAGAUUCACGUGGACUCCGUGCUCCCAGUGCCGCCCAUCGAAUUUGGAGUUAGUCCAAAAGACUCCGACUUCAGCCUGCCACCAGGUUCUGCCUCUGGUCCCCCAGGGAAUCCGGUUGUCAAGCUCCAAGACGCCUUGGCCAGUAACGCUGGGUUGACACAGAGUAUUCCCAUCCUGAGGCGUGAUCAUCACAUCCAGAGGGCCAUCGGCCUCUCCCAGAUGUCCUUCCCCACUGCUGACCUCACUCUGAAGAUGGAGUCUGCGCGUAAGGCUUGGGAAAACUCGCCCAGUUUGCCGGAGCAGAGCUCUCCAGGAGGUGCUGGCUCGGGCAUCCAGCCCCCAUCUUCUCUGGGAGCCUCCAGCGGGGUCAACUACAGCUCCUUUGGCGGAGUUUCCAUGCCACCCAUGCCUGUGGCCUCCGUAGCACCUUCUCUUCCAGGCAACCACCUGCCGCCUCUCUACCUGGAUGGCCAUGUGUUUGCAAGUCAGCCCCGGCUGGUUCCUCAGACGAUACCUCAGCAGCAGAGUUACCAACAGGCUGCCGCUGCCCAGCAGAUCCCCAUUUCCCUUCACACGUCUCUACAGGCUCCAGCCCAACUGGGACUGAGAGGCGGGCUGCCCGUCUCCCAGUCACAGGAGAUCUUCAGCUCCUUGCAGCCCUUCAGAUCUCAGGUGUACAUGCACCCUAGCCUGUCACCGCCCAGCACCAUGAUCCUCUCUGGAGGCACAGCCUUGAAGCCUCCGUACUCUGCGUUCCCCGGCAUGCAGCCCUUAGAGAUGGUGAAGCCCCAGUCUGGCUCACCCUACCAGCCCAUGAGCGGAAGCCAAGCCCUGGUCUACGAGAGCCAGCUCGGCCAGGCUGCUAGUCUGGGUGCCUCCCAGAUGUUGGACUCCCAGCUCCCACAGCUGACGAUGCCACUGCCUGGCUCCCAGCUGCCUCUGCCUCGAUAUGGCUCUGGGCAGCAGCCCCUGAUCCUGCCACCAUCCAUCCAGCUGCCGCAGGGGCAGAGCCUCUCUGUUGGGGCCCCCCGCAGAAUUCUUCCACCUGGGUCCCAGCCUUCGGUCCUUAACACCAGCAGAGAGUCCUCUCAGAUGGAGAUGAAGGGCUUCCACUUUGCCGACAGUAAACAGAAUGUUCCUUCCGGAGGCUCUGUGCAGUCACCACAGACCUACAGGCCUAGCUCUGCUAGCCCCAGUGGGAAGCCCUCUGGACCAGCAGUUAACAUGGGCUCUGUGCAGGGACACUACGCUCACCAGGCAAAACCACGAGUGGAUGAAAAGCCCAGCCUGGGAGCCGUGAAACUGCAGGAGGCCCCCUCGGCCGCCCCCCAGAUGAAGCGAACAGGAGCCAUCAAGCCUCGGGCGGUGAACGUGGAGGAGAGCAAGGCCUGAAGGUGCUCCGCCGCACCGCCUCACCGCGGGGACAGUGCUGCCCUCGGCCUCGCCUCAGCACAGAUGCUCCGGAAUCUCAGCAGCUCCUCCGUCCAACCACCUGGCCCAGGCGGAGAGAAGUCCCUUCUCUUCUCCACUCCUGAAAGCUCCGACGUCCAACCAGCUUGCACCGUGGAUGUGUGGCGUUGACCUGCUUGCUUUAAUACGGAACAAACAGCAAACGACCCCAUCCCGCCUCCUUCUCGCCUGGCCUGUGUGAGGACUUGAGCCUCGAUCAGCGCAGAGCAGCCCCCCUCCCCCACCCCCCGCAUCGGGGCUGCUCCUCAGCCAGGCGGGUGCUUUUUCUCAGUGCUUCCUACCCCCCGUCCCCAGCAGGGUGGUGUGGCAGCAGGGUCCUUUCAGUUUGAAGCUAUUUGUUUUAAAAAGCAGCUAAGGUUUUUACAAAGGAGGAGGGAAAACAAAACACGAGCUAUGUCUGUGCAGCUGAACUAUAUGUGCUCUUUGCCAGCCUCUCCCAGGCUCUCAUGUUCCAGUGCUUUCCUUUCCCUUUCCUUUUUUAAGUUGAUGUGUCACUGCAACACUCCCUCCUGCUCUCUCUCGGCUGGUUAGCUUUUGAGGUUACAUAAGACACUGGCCUGCGCACCCUGGUAUCCAGCUGCGUGCUCUGGAAGUCGUGGGCUCCAGCCUGGCCCAGAGGCUCAUGGGCACCCCAGUGAGGUGGAGUUUAGCGUACGAAUUUCUGUCCUGGACUCUUCUAAAGCCAGUGGACAUGCUGACUGCUGGCCCCAUGGUGAAUUAGAGCUACAGUCACUGGUGUGUUUCAGGUUGGCCUGGACGUGUGAGCA